UUUAACACAGCUACAACACCCAAUACUGUACAAGUACGAGUAUUUUCUGCGUAUGCUAUUCGCUAUUGCGUUAAAACUUAAACGUGACCGUGAGUCACGCAUCCAUUCACAUCCAAAGGGCACGCGGAAGCCUUCCGCGUUCCACAGGCUCCAUUCAAAGUACUUACGGUGCGAUGCGAGAGUGCUAUCCAGUUUUUUAUCCAUCCCAUGAGUUAGGAGCGUAAGACUAAUUAGUACCGUGCUCUGUGCUCAUGAUCAGUGCUCACGAUAUUCAUAUAAGUAAGUAGUUAUCCCAUAUCCAACCAAUCAUGGCGGCCAAGCAAUGAACAUCAUGAUCGCUGACCACACCGGAAGCGCUAUUCUUUCGGCUUUGAACAGCGAUACAGAAAGAGGACAGCAGCUUCUUCCCGGCAAAACGUACCGCAUGAAAAUGUACGAUAUCAGCGAGCUCAAGUCAGCGUUCCGCAAGGAAGCCAGCGUUUCGGUGCAAUUUUACAUCAAACCAAAAACAACUAUCGAAGCAGCCACGCAGAAUGACAUCGACAACGAAACAAUUACGCCGCUUUCCCAGGCUCACGAGCAUUCGGAUGCCAAAUCUUAUAUGGUUUUCGUGGAAACUGUCGGACACCUGGAGGAAAAAAAGAAAACACGAAACGGAGAACGAUCGUUCCGUAGCCUCAAAGUCUGGGACUGUUCCCAAACCGCAUCAUACAGAAUCGACUUAUGGGGCCACAUCGCCACCAUCUUCCUUCCUACGAUUUAUGAAAAAAAAGUUGUUUACUUCAACAACUUACUCUACACUCAAUACAACAACGGCGGCUUGCAGUCAAGUUAUAAUAAGACCUAUUAUUAUAUUUCGGAAAGUACACCAGCAACAACAAUCACAAACUGGGCCUUGGACAUCGGCUUGCUCGAGGAACAGCUUCAACAAGAAAGAUCGCAGCUUGCGCAAUCCAGCACGAAGCGCACGGAACGCGAUGAUUCAACACCAGAAAAAGCUAAACGGUCAAAACCAACUACCAACCAACCAUCAAACCCAUCAAAUCCAUGAUACCGUUUUCGUAAUCCCUAUUUUUCCUUAUCCCUAUCUUUCGUAUUCCUGUCAUGCCGACGCACUGUGAAAUACAAUAAACUUGAUUUAAGUUCAUUCAUCCUGCAUCUUAUACAGACUACACAAGUUAUUCCUGCAGUUUAUUACAGUACUAAAUGCAAUAAAAUUGCAAAAUUUUUGUCGUAAGCCUAUAUUCAUCCGCGUUGGG